AUGUCCCUCUACCACGAAACAGCAGACUUCCUGACAGCGCCUUCGAAUGCUGGUGGCAGCUUGAAGUCGAGGAUUUUCAGCAAAAAGGACCUGAAGUCUCAGCCAGCACAAGUAUAUGCGCUGACCAUCGAGUCAUGUAAAUGGAGUGCGGUUUUAAAGGAGGUUGUCGAAAAUGCAGAUCUUUUACGCCUCGAACGAAAAAUAACUCCUGUCCUGUCUGUGCUCCUCGUUCAUGACCUUCUUCUGGCGAAACGGGGCAUCGCACUUCCAGCAACUCAUGGCCUUAGAACAUCCAUCGAACGGCACAAAGCUAGAUUAGGCGCUGAGUUCACCAAAGCCAGAAUUCGGAGAAAAUUAAGUUCAGUUGAAUCGCUGAAAGCGCACAUUGAAGCCGGAUUUGAGAUUGGCACCGAUAAUUCCGAGGCUCCCUAUCCGCGUUGGAUACGUAUCAAUACCUUGAAAACAUCUAUUGAGGAUCAACUUGGGACGACUUUCGCGGACUAUGAGCGUGCAGCAACCGUGGAAGCUGUGAGGCAGCGUGGAUCAAAGCGGAUUUUUAUUGAUGUCAACAUCCCAAAUUUAGUUGCUAUUUCGCCAAAUAUCGACAUAUCCAAGAAUGAGGCCUAUAAAACAGGUGCGAUCAUUCUCCAAGACAAGGCGUCAUGCUUCCCAGCAUACCUUCUCGACCCACUCCCAGAGGAUGGCGAUAUUAUAGAUACUUGCUCAGCGCCAGGAAACAAAACUACUCAUCUUGCUGCUAUCCUUAUCUCCCAUAACCCAGAGGUGGAUGAAUGUUCGCAAACUAUCCACGCCUUUGAAAAGAACAAGGGACGAGCGGAGACUCUUGAGAAAAUGGUCAACGUAGCUGGUUCCCAGACACUGACCAAGCUCCAUGCUGGGCAAGACUUCUUAAAAAUCGACCCAACUGCAGCUACUUUCAAAAAUGUUGGCGCGCUACUGCUAGAUCCCAGCUGCUCUGGAAGUGGUAUCAUCGGACGCGAGGAAAUUCCAGAGUUGCAUCUCCCAGUCCUUAAGCAGGGCGCGGCUCCGUCAAAGAAUACAAAGCGGCCAAAGACCUUGGAUGAGAAUAAAGAAUCCCGAAAGAGGAAACGCGAUCAAUCCGAUGCUCCGUUAGAUGUCAUGGUGGACGAUGAUGGUAUGGUUACUGCGGUCGACACGGAGGAUGAACUGAAGGCCCGUUUAACCGCUCUUUCUAAGUUCCAGCUCGAGUUGCUACUUCACGCAUUCAAAUUUCCAUCAGCACAAAAGAUAACAUAUUCGACAUGUUCACUUUAUGCAGAGGAGAACGAAGAGGUUGUCAGCAAAGCCCUCAAUUCAGCAAUCGCUAAAGAAAGAGGCUGGCGGAUCCAGAGUCGGGAAGAUCAGAUCAAGGGUAUGAAGGAAUGGCCGGUUCGAGGGUCAUUAGAUGCUUGUGGCGGAGAUGCUACCAUUGCAGAGUCUUGCAUAAGGGCUAAUAAGGGCGACGAACAUGGCACAAUGGGGUUCUUUCUCGCUGGGUUUGUGAGAGAUCAACAGGUCCAUGGUGACAUCGAAUCACAACUCCUUCGAGAUGAGCGAGGUCACCUUGUCCGAGACUUAUUGGGAUUCCCAGUAAGGACACAUCCAGAAGAGUCGGGGAAUGUGUCCAAUGGAGUAGCCGCUGAACCUGAAACUGAGGAAAAUAAUCAUUUGGAAUAUGAAGAGGAAUGGGGCGGGUUUGACGAUGCAACUGAGGAAGAAGUCGCCCAGCCGGUCGCCGGCGAUGAUAAAUUGCUAGGUAAAAGCCAGCAGUCGCAGGUACACCCAGUAAGCAAGCAUUUGCCAAGUGCAGUCAAAAGGAGACCGGAGUUGGGUUCUCAGAAAAAGAAGAAGAAAAGGAAACAAUAG